ACUUUAACAAAAACCACGAUUGCCGGAUGCGCAGUAAUGGUGGUGAGGUGUAGUGUGGACUCGGGUGGAAUUUGAGUGAUUUUGUGCUGUCGGAAUGAAUUCUCCUUCAUUGUGAUUAAUUGUUACCAAUUUCUUUUGUUGGAGCGUGUGUCGGUUAUAAACUAGUGCUGUGUAGCUUUGUUUUAAACCUGCAAACUGUGUAAGACAGCUGUGACUUGAUCAUUCGGUGAACUGCUGAGUUUUUUGCUCAAUGGUCAAUGCAUUGCGUUUAAUGGUGGACUUUUAAUAAAUAAAGGAGGCACGCGUAUUCUAUUCACUGUAUAAUCCGAUGUUCAAGUUGCUCCUAGCCGCCUACAGAAACGGCGGCGAGGCUGCGCAGGGUUAGUUUGUAGCGGUGGCGCGAAACCUGGAGCCACGCGAGGGUCUACCAGUGUUGCUGAGGGCGCGGUGGCAGGAUGGACGACGCCGGCAGCAACAAGCAGCGGCAGGCCACGAGGGUCUUCAAGAAGAGCUCCCCCAAUGGCAAGAUAACAGUAUACUUAGGAAAGAGAGACUUCGUAGACCACAUCUCACAUGUAGACCCGAUUGACGGCGUGGUGCUAAUCGAUCCAGAGUAUGUUAAGGAUAGAAAGGUGUUCGGACAUGUGCUGGCAGCUUUCAGGUACGGCCGAGAGGACCUUGAUGUCCUCGGCCUCACCUUCAGGAAGGAUCUGUACCUUGCAGCGGAACAGAUAUACCCAGCAACGACCGCCCUAAAGCGACCGCUAACGCGGUUGCAAGAGCGCUUGGUCCGCAAGCUCGGUCCGGCCGCGCAUCCCUUCUACUUCGAAUUACCCCCUCACUGUCCAGCCUCGGUGACGCUGCAACCGGCGCCCGGAGACACUGGGAAACCUUGUGGGGUUGACUAUGAGCUGAAGGCGUUUGUGGCUGACUCGCAAGAUGACAAGCCGCAUAAAAGGAAUUCCGUUCGUCUAGCAAUAAGGAAGAUAAUGUACGCGCCGAGCAAGCAGGGCGAGCAGCCGUCGGUCGAAGUCUCUAAAGAAUUCAUGAUGAGCCCGAACAAAUUAUACUUAGAAGCGUCACUCGAUAAGGAGCUGUACCACCACGGCGAGAACAUAGCAGUGAACGUGCACAUAGCGAACAACUCCAACCGGUCCGUGAAGAGGAUCAAGGUGUCUGUGCGGCAGUUCGCGGACAUAUGUCUCUUCUCCACCGCGCAGUACAAGUGCACCGUGGCCGAGGCGGAGAGCGAGCAACCAAAAGCGAAGGUGAAGAAAAAGUUUAAAUUCCCCUUUAUCGGCAUCUCUGAUAAGAACUUAAAAAUUGAGUAUCUGGAGGGCUGUCCCGUGGGCCCCGGCUUCACGCUGAGCAAGGUGUUCACGCUGACGCCGCUGCUCGCCAACAACAAGGACAAGUGGGGGCUGGCGCUGGACGGCCAGCUCAAACAUGAAGACACCAACCUGGCCUCCAGCACACUAAUCGCGGAUCCGGCGCAAAGAGAGAAUUUGGGAAUUAUAGUACAAUACAAGGUCAAAGUGAAAUUGUGUUUGGGACCACUAGGCGGCGACCUGAGCGCGGAGCUGCCCUUCAUCCUGAUGCACCCGAAGCCGGAGGAGGAGCCGCCGCGGCUGCUGCCCGAGCCCGCGCCCAACCAGGACCACGACCUCAUACAGCUCGACCCGCAGCCUGACGAGAACGGGCAAGAGCAGGACGACGAUAUAAUUUUCGAAGACUUCGCGCGUCUCCGGCUCAAGGGCGCCGACGCCGAAUGAGCGCCUCACACACAAACACACAUGCACACACGCGCCUGCCAUUGUCAAGAACAGAGAUCGGACGAUUGAGCGUCAUUUGUUUGACGUUUUUGAAACAGCAGGCCUAUGAUGCUUGCAAUUUUAUCACUUAUCUACGUGGAUAAAGUUUCCGUCUCGUUCUGGCAAAUAUCUCAGUGUGAGAGUGACAAAUGUCAUAUAGACGUUGAUAAGAUGAUAAGUCAUAAAAUUGUAAGCAUAAUAGCCCUGAAGGAUCCUUAUGUCGUUACAAAGGAUAAGCGUCCGAUCACUGUUCAUGAAUAACGCUGCUACGCACACAUGGAAUUUUCCCGUCGUUAGAAAAGACAAAGUAAGGGUAUAGGUAUUGACUGAAUGUAAAAUCGUAUUGGGUGUGAAUGAAACUAAUGGAAGUGACCAAAAGUGUUAAUAUAUUUUUGGAUCGAUUGAUGUAAUGUGGGUACUAGCAGAGAUUAGGGAGAAAAAAUAAAAGAUUUGCCUUGCUAUCUUUUUCUGCUUAGUCAUAGUUUCAAUCUAUUUUUGUUAACUUAGGACUUGUUCCUUAUAUUAAUAUUUUUGGUGAUUUCUUUUCUAUCCACCUCUAUUUUACAGUACGGGAAAUUACAUCGACCUAUACGCGCAGUGUGAGUGAACGAAUUAAACAAUUGUUUAAAUAUUUAUGUGCGUCCUCGUUUGGUCUAUAAAUGUAUCAAUGUUGUUGACUGAUCUGGUAGUACGGAACUUGUAAUACCCGAUCUAAUCGAAUUUUAGGCGGUCUUUACCUUAGAUGCGCUGGUGAGCGAACGAGACACCGCUAUAUAGUGUUGUCCCGGUCACACAUAUACGC